AUGGUAGGCGCAUUCAUAAACGGCCCAUUUCCGACCGUUUCUCGAAUCGAUGGUUUCGUUGUAAAGACCCUGACCAUGGGCGCGAUUGAAUUACCUCUCCCAAUACUUUACCUCUUCCAAUACUCUGCCGCCGGCUGGACUGCCUGCGUCUUUGUCUGGGUGUACAUCGCCGCAUUCGCAUUCAGUAUCGCCUGCGUCAACUGGACGUAUUUCUGUGUUCCGGAAACCAAGGGCGUGCCGAUCGAGGAAAUGGACAUGUUGUUUGGUGGGAACUCGGGCGAGGCGGAUUUGCAGCGAAUUGCGCAGAUUCGAGCGCACCGGGGGGUUUCUGUUGGCAUCAAAGAGGCUGUAUCUCAUGUCGAGAAUGCGUAG